CGGAAUGUCAACGUUCAUCAGUGGGUUUAUUGGGCGAUUGAGGAGAUCAGCGACCCUCUUAAACUCUUAUGUACGCUGUGCUAACAGGGUGUCCGUUGUCAACGUCUAUUUGUGACGCUGCAAGUACCCUGUACACCCUGAGCUGCAGGCAGGGCGCCUAUUUUGUUUUGUUGCUUGUCAGCCUCCUGCUCGACAUGGGAAACAACUCUCCUGAACAGGCGCGUGCUUCACCGCAUAUUGAGACCUCCAACACUGGCGAUGAGAAGAGGACUGAUACCAACACUCCCUUGCAAGACACUCAACCAUGGGGCCGGCCGGCAGUGGAUCGAAAUUUUGCGAACGAUCUUCCUUCGUGGAUAGGCAAGGGCGACAAUUCGCCUGUCUGGUCGUUAUACAAUCGUAGAGCUGCAGAUGUACAUGGCACAAGAAUCGAGAAAUGGGACGCGAACAUGGAUGUGCUGCUUGUUUUUUCCGCCCUUUUCUCCGCUGUGCUGACGGCUUUCCUGGUCGCGUCCUUGGGCGCGUUGUUCCCCCACAACUCUCAGCACACGGUCGAUGCUCUGGUCGUCCUCUCCGCUCAGAUUGGAGCGCUUAACAAUCCCGGAGUUGUCCCACCGGAGCCCUACCAAAUACCCAAUUCGUUUGUACCGACAACGAUGUCGGUAUGCAUCAAUGGGUUAUGGCUCAUCAGUCUAACCAUAAGCCUGUUCACAUCAGUUGUCGCCAUGCUCGCUAAGCAAUGGUUCGGCGCAUACAGCGCUGAUCUUUCCUCCGUCGAGAUGGAACAAGCGCGACAACGACAGUUCCGAUAUACAGGAAUCAUUGUAUGGCACGUGCAUACAAUGGUGAACUUCCUUCCUAUUCUGCUCCACAUUGCCGUCUUUAUCUUCCUCGUUGGAUUCAUCGUAUAUCCAUGGGGAGUUAACACCGUAUUGACGGCCAUAAUGGCCACGAUCUGGUUAUCUGCUGGAAUACUUUACGUGCUCGUCUCGUUGGCACCUAUCAUUUUCACGAGCUGUCCAUACAAAUCUCAGCUU